AUGGCCCUCCCAGAUCUUACAGACUUCCUGUCUUGUUGGGAGGUGCCGCUUAAACUAAACACAAUUCUGCGCACUUUCAGCUUCUACUUGGAAAAGUUUCAUCUAACUUGCAAGUUUAAAGUAUGGAUUUGUGCAUGCUUUCACUCCUGCUCCUCAUGUUGGGCAAACAUGGGUUUUGCCACCAAGAGGAAGUCUGCACAAAUUCAGUAACCGACUCCUGUGAUGGCUGCAUCACAUUUAAGCCAUUCUGUGCAUGGUGUCAACAGCUGAAUUAUACAAAACCUGGUGAGCAAGAAACAGUUCGCUGUGGCACUAAAGCAAAGCUGAUUGAAAGAGGAUGCAAACCAGAAGAGAUAAUUUCCCCCCAGAACCAUGAGAUCAUCUUACAGAAAGACCCUCUGUCCCAAUCGUCUGACACAGAAGAGCCUGUGCAAAUGAGUCCGCAAAAAAUCCACCUGAAACUCCGACCUGGGCUUCCACACUCUUUCAAUGUCACCUUUAAGAGGGCUGAGGGUUACCCAGUGGAUCUUUACUACCUGAUGGAUCUCUCCUACUCCAUGAAGGAUGAUCUGGAAAAUGUCAAAGGCCUAGGAAAAACACUUUUUGAUGCUUUGAAUAGCAUUACGAAAAAGGCUAAAAUAGGGUUCGGCGCCUUUGUUGAUAAGACAGUGCUUCCUUAUACAAACACCAACAAGGAGAAACUGAAGAAGCCAUGUGAUGAGAAUGACGAUCAAUGUCAGGCUGCCUUUGGCUACAGACAUGUUCUUAGUAUGACAUCGAGCGAGGAACAGUUCAGAGAGGAGGUGGCAAAGCAGUACAUUUCUGGAAACUUAGACUCUCCUGAAGGUAGUCUUGAUGCCAUGAUGCAAGCGGCUGUAUGUGGGGAUCAAAUAGGCUGGAGAAACAGCAGCACUCGGUUAAUUGUUCUGGCCACAGAUGCUGGAUUUCACAUGGCUGGGGAUGGAAAACUGGCUGGCAUCCUAGAACCCCAUGAUGAACAGUGCCACAUAAAAAACAACCUUUAUGUCAAAAGUAAUGAGAUGGACUACCCAUCUGUUGGACAGUUGGCCAUUCAGCUGGAAAAAAACAAUGUUCAGCCAAUAUUUGCUGUAACAGAAAAUGUGAAGGAUGUGUACACAAAACUCUCAAAAAUUAUACCAAAGUCAGAAGUGGGAGUUCUGUCAUCGGAUUCAAAAAAUGUGGUUCAACUGAUUGAAAGUGCCUACAAGAAAUUAUCCUCUAAAGUCACAUUGACACAUGAUGUUCUUCCUGACAAUGUACAAGUUAAAUACCUGCCAGUGUGUGAUCAUCCCAGAGAAGAAGGCACAAAUAAAGGGGUCUGUGAUCAAGUCGGUGAGGGAAAAGAGAUAUACUUUCAGGUUACGGUCACAGCAAAAACAUGCAUAGAGCAGGAGUCCUUCACUAUCAGCCCACUUGGUAUUAAAGAUAAACUGACAGUAACCAUAUCUACCAACUGUACGUGUGAAUGUAACAACCAUGGAGAAAGCAAUCAAAAACACUGCAACAAUAACGGAAGAAUUAACUGUGGUGUAUGCAGCUGCAAUGAUGGUUUUUCGGGACAGAGGUGUGGCUGUAAUGUAACAACACAAAAUUUAGAAACUCUGCAAGCAUUAUGUCGGAGGGAUAAUGGAACAGAAUGUGAAGGCAGAGGAGAUUGUUUAUGUGGCUCAUGUAAGUGUCAUGAAGCAGAGCAAGGAUUCUCUUACUAUGGAAAAUUCUGCGAAUGUGAUGAUGAACAUUGCGAAAAAUUCAACAAUAAGAAAUGUGCAGGAAAUGGUGAUUGUGAAUGUGGAAAGUGCAAAUGCUUUGAUGGCUGGGAGGGCUCUGCAUGUCAAUGCAGCGAGACUUUAACGGAGGGAUGUCGUCCUCCACCGUCAUCCUCCACAGACAACAACACUAUCUGCUUUGGCAGAGGGAGCUGCAAAUGUAACCUUUGUGAAUGUGAUGAGGGAUAUCAGCGCCCAUUCUGUGAGAAAUGUGAAGGCUGUGAUGAUGUAUGCCAGACAAAAAUGAAAUGCAUUGAAUGCCUUUUCGUUAAUUCAGAUGUUUCGAAAGAAGACUGCAAAGUCGUUUGUGGGGGAAGCAUGUCCCAUACCUUGGUUGAAAAUUUUACUUAUCAGGGUAAAGAUUGCAACCAGAAGGACAGUCAGGGUUGUCGGAUCAAAUUCAAGCUGGAGCAGUUAUCCGGAAGGGAUAACUACAAAGCUGAAAUACUGAAAAUAAAAGAUUGCCCAGAACCACAGAGUGUUAUGCCUAUCAUAAUUGGAUCCAUUGCUGCGGUGGCUGUAAUUGGGAUUCUUCUGCUGAUGCUGAUCAAGUUUUAUUACUACCUGAAAGACCUGAAAGAGUUCAAGAGGUUUGAAAAUGAAAGACAGAAAACCAAGUGGGAUGAGAUCGACAAUCCACUGUUCCAGAAUCCCACGACCACUGUGGCCAACCCUCUGUUUACUGGAGAGAACUAAGACCCCUGCUUCAGCGCUUCAAUCGAUAUUUAUUCAGAGCUUUUCUUGGAGCAGAAAUGCUCACGUUUAUAUGACUUUGUGAUUAUAUAUAAUGGCAAACUUGACUCACCUUGUAAAACGACUGAUAAUUAUAAAGAAAGAAGUAAGCUGGUUUUGUGAAGCUGAUAUGUACUUGUAUGUAUGCUGUUUUUAGUUGACAAUGACGAGUUUUGAUGUAGCAAUGAAUUAUUAGCAAAGACUACACAGA